AUGGAGGGCAUGGGCCAAUUCUACCCGGACCUCUGGGAGCCCCCGCGGCCCAGCAAAGAGCGCGUGUCCUCCGCACGGCUGCGCGGGCCCAGGCAGCAGACCCAGCCGGCGCGGGGCUCCUGGGCCGGCUCUCCGGACGAGGGCAGCGAUACUGCGGCUCCCUGGCCUCCCCCACGCUGCUCGCCUACCCCGCGGGCUCGCCGGCACCGGCAACGGUCCCGGGACUCAUCGAGGGAAAGUCGCAGCCUGAGCGAUGUGGCCACGAGGCCCCUGGACCGCACUGGGAAGCACAGGCCCCGCAGCUGGCGCGUUAAAGAUGCCUGGCGGGAGCCAAGGACCCAGCCCCAGUCCAUGCGGGGAAGCCAGCACAGUACGGCCUGGCCGCAUCAGGCCCAGCUCUGCCAGCACUACCCUGCAGCCCAGGGAGAUUCUCCCCCACCGGCCUCCGAGGGCGCUUACGCUCCCCUAGGAGGAACUUUCGGGGCAGAAAAGCGGCUGAGUGGAGAUCCUUGGGCAGUGCCAGUCUACAGAGGUCUCGAUCGCUGGUCCCUUUCAUCGGUUCCCUCGGAGAAGUCUUCUGCGCCUUCCCACGAGUUUGGGACGCUGUCCGCUUGUGUGUACACCCCGAAGAGGGACAGCAGUGACCGUAUCGGGACGUUAACCAGCCAGCACUCCCAGCCCUCCGUCUCCAGCAAGGAGAUGAAGAGCCGGCACACCCAGAUACUCCAGAACACGCUGGAAGAGGCGGUAGUGUCUUCCAGGGACCAGAAGAUCGUGGCCCUGGUGCUGAUCCGGCUCAAGAAGGCACAGAGGAUGCGGGAGCUGCAACAGCAGGCGGCAGUGGCCUGGGAGGAGCUCAAGCGCUCGGACCAGAAGGUCCAGAUGACUCUGGAGAGGGAGCGCAAGCUGCUCCUGCGGCAGAGCCGGGCCCAGUGGCAGCUGGAGAAGGAGCAGCGCAAGACUCGCCCGAGCGGGGAGCAGCUGCGGGACAGCCAAGCCAAGAACAUGCGCCAGCAGGAGAACCAGGGGAAGGCGCCAUCGGAGGACAGAGAGACCCAGCGCCAGGACAAGCUAGAGAGGGCCCGCCCUCAGGCCAAGCUCACCAAGCAGGGCCAGGUGAAGGGCCCCCAGGAGCAAGAGGAGACGCUGCAGGACCAGCGGGGGCAGGACAGCCUGGAGGUGCAGAAGAGGCUAGAGCAGGCCUGUCCCAAGAAGCAGCUGCCCACCACCGAGGACCAGAAGAAGGUCCGGGAAGCCAAUCUCAGCUCCCUAGUCAAUUACCAGGCCCGGAAGGUGCUCAUGGACUGCCAGGCCAAGGCGGAGGAGCUCCUGCGGAAGCUGUCCCUGGAACAGAGCUCCCAGAGGUCCCAAGAGAUCCACCGGGGCCUGAUGAAGGAGCGUCAACGGGAGCUGAGGGACAAGGCCCGGAGGGAAGAGGAGCAGUACCAGCAGGUCAGGUUGCGCUCGGAAGAGCUGGAGGAGCAGAGGAAAGUGCGCAAGCAGCUGCUGGUGGAGCUGGCCAACCAGAGGGUCCAGCAGGCCAGGAGCCACGUGCACAAGAGCGUCAGCGACAGAGCGCAGUACCUCCGAGAGCUCAACCUCCUGCGGGAGAAGAACCACCACAUCCUAAAGCUGAAAGCCGAGAAGGAGGAGAAGUGCCACAUUGAGGGCAUCAAGGAAGCCAUCAGGAAAAAGGAGGAGAGGAUGGCGCAAAUCUCCCGAGAGAAAGAGGCCACCUUCAAGGAAUUCCAGAAGAUCUCCAGGACCUCUAGAAGGGACAACAGCGCCUUUGACCACGCCGCGGGGAAGGCCCAGCUCCUGGCUGGCCAGCACCGAGCGGGCUACUGGGAACCUGGCAGCAUAGCUUACAGUCCAGGCAGCUAG